UCUUCACUUCUCUCCACUACUGUCGACUUACUGAGCUAUCACAGAGUCUGUAAUACACCUCUCUGAUUUAUCCUCUCCAGCUGGUGCUGUUUUUAUUAUAGAGUUCGGACGAGUCUAAUUAUUUCAACUAAAACCGACGUAUUAUUACUGUUUUUAUAAGACACCUGAGGUUUUGUUUUAUUGGUCGCUGAUUGGUUGAGAUGGUCUGGUAGGUUUAGAUAGAAAUGUUCCUCAGGUAACGUUAGUGUCCGGUUAUACUCGCAUCGUUGCUGUAAACGGAGUGAAAACGGCACGAACACACAGGUGACUGCGGCUCUUAGCUGUCGGAGGACAUGGAUCUCACAAAGGCUGCAGGUGGAGUAAUAGCUUACAUUAGCUCCUCCAGCUCGGCCUCCAGUCCCGAGUCGUGCCACAGCGACUCCUCCAACAGCAGCUAUCAGUCCUGCUCUCCGCCCCAUGCGGGGCAGGCUCAACAGGGCGAGGCUCUCGCUGUGGCCCCUCAGUCCCACCCACGGCGGCCCAGCGGAGGCAAGGCACGCUCGGCCUCCACUGCCAAAACUGGCAUUACAAAGAUUAACGGGCUGGUGCUGCUUUGUAAAGUGUGUGGAGAUGUGGCGUCAGGAUUUCACUAUGGCGUUCACGCCUGUGAGGGAUGCAAGGGUUUCUUCAGGAGGAGCAUUCAACAGAACAUUCAGUAUAAGAAGUGCCUUAAGAACGAAAGCUGUCCAAUCAUGCGCAUCAACAGGAACCGAUGCCAGCAGUGCCGCUUUAAGAAGUGUCUGCUCGUGGGCAUGUCCAGAGACGCUGUGCGUUUCGGCCGGAUUCCCAAACGAGAGAAGCAGCGCAUGCUGCUCGAGAUGCAGAACGCCAUGAACAACAUGAUGAACAACAGCCAUGACAACCAGCCUCUGAACGAACAGACGUCAGCCACCGAUGAAGCUUCAGAGCACAGCAGCUCGGGCCCUUCCUCCCGCUCCCCCUCUACUUCCCCCAGGAGCAACCGAUCCGAAUCCAGCCCUGACCCUGAGCUGCUGAGCAGCAUGGAUACAAGCCAGAGCUCAGACUCUUCCAGUGCCACUGACAGCGGGGAGGAGGAGGUCAUUGGCACAGUGACUAGAGCGCAACAGGAGACCUUCAUGUACAAUCAGGAGCAGGCCAGAGUGCCUUCAGAGGGCCCCAACAACUACAGCCAUUGCUCAGAGAAGACUCAGGAGGUCUGGAAGCAACAGAACAAUGCCUCCUCAGAGAGCGAACUAAAGCCCCCAUCAGGCAGUGCUCCACGGGGGCCUGAAGACUCGGGCUGUCCUUUCAGACUGCCCAACAGCAGCUCUGCUGGACCGUCUCUGCAGAACCUCUCUCUGAGAGCUCAUAAUGACAAUGAAACACAUGUCAACGGCUGCUGUAGUGUCCCAACAUUUGCAAGUGUUAACAGGAUGCACCUGGUUUGCCCCAUGAACACAUCGCCCUAUGUGGAUCCUCAGAAGUCGGGUCACAGUAUUUGGGAGGAGUUCUCCAUGAGCUUCACCCCAGCUGUCAGAGAGGUGGUGGAAUUUGCAAAGCGCAUCCCAGGAUUCAAAGAGCUGUCCCAGCACGACCAGGUCAGCCUGCUGAAGGCCGGCACCUUUGAGGUGCUGGUGGUGCGCUUUACAUCCCUGUUCGAUGUGAAGGAGCGCACGGUUACAUUUCUGAGUGGCAGGAAGUACAGCGUGGAGGCGCUGCGCUCAAUGGGUGCUGGAGAUCUCCUCAACUCAAUGUUUGACUUCACAGAGAAGCUGCAAGCGCUGAACCUCAGUGAGGAGGAGAUGAGCCUCUUCACAGCCGUAGUGCUGGUGUCUGCAGAUCGCUCCGGUCUGGAGAACGUCAACUCGGUUGAGGCCCUUCAGGAAACUCUGAUUCGAGCUCUGCGCAGCUUGAUCACCAAGAACCACCCGAACGAGAUCGCCAUCUUCACUAAACUGCUCCUCAAACUGCCGGACCUGCGCUCGCUCAACAACAUGCACUCUGAGCAGCUCUUGGCCUUUAAGGUCCACCCCUGACCACCCACCAGCCCCAUAACUGUGGACCACACCCCCAUCCAUCUCCAGAGCCUCCUUCCUGCGGCCCAUUUAGCCAGUGGGGAACUGUUAUUACUCAGUGCCCCUUUUCUGACACUUCGCCCCAUGACUUUCAAAGCACUGCUGGUUAAAUAUGGAGGUGGAGCGGGGGUACAAGAAGUCAUUAUACUGUAAAAUGCCUGUAUUGUACUGUAAAACGCCUCUGCUCGUGCUAAAGCACACGACUCGCUGACACAAACUGGAGGGGUUUCGUUGUAGAUGCUUACAAGAGUUUGUACGAUUACUCGGUUCGUGUGUGCGCAGAGGCAUCUUGAAUUAGUUUUUAGAUUUAUAAAUCUGCCUGUGCAAUAAGUGACGCGUUCACUGGUUUUGUGAUUGUUCCUUGUUGGUCUUUUAAUACUUUCAGAGAAGAGGACGUAAGGUAUCUGUGGCAUGUAUGAAUGCUGUGUGUUGCUAAAGGGAGAUUAUGAAGGGAUAUUCCCACAAACAAAUGAGAAAAUAAUUACAUGGAGCACAGUUUGGUAUCCUUUCUAAUUCGGAGAGAAGAAAAAAACAAGAAGCACCAACUAAGAAAAAGAAGAAUGUGGAAGAAGAAAAGCUGCUAAUCUGAGCUUUUUUUGGCAGGAAGACACAGGAAUGUUUAAUGGAUAGAUCUAUUUUUAUAGUCUGUUUUCUGUCUUAAAAUCUGUAGUUAAAUGCAGAGGAAGCCGCACUUAGGCCUGAAACAUUAUGUAAGUAUGUGAACGCAAAUGCUUCUUGAUAGAGUGGAUGGCUGCGUUCCAAAAUGCAUCAAAAUCUAAUGCAGUGCGUGUCACGCUGAUGUUGUGUGCAGUAGACACUGACAUUGACACUGUCUUUUUACAGUUUUCUCUUCCAGGUAAUUGAUGGAGCAACAGUUUGAAGAGAAUCUUGCUGAGCAAUUUAAAGUUAGUUCAGCUGUUGACACAUUUAUAGCUAGCUACCUGACUAGUGAUGCAUUUGGUUUAUUGGCACAGACAUAUGAAGUCGACUGUUGCCCGCUUGAGUGUUUGUUACCGACAAGAUUCAGUCAGACCGCAGGCUUGGCCAAGCAUUUGUAUUCUUGCAUAGAGUAUGUGUCUGAUUGUGUAUGGUGCAUCUGUGUAGAUGUCCUGAUUCGUAGGGCUUUUAGUAAUGACAAAGUGUGUGAUGAAGCUUAAUGACAGAAGAGGUAGGACAGAAGGCGUUUUAUCACUAUAAGAUUUGUGAAUGCUGAUGGGACUCAAAGCCGUCCACAGUGAUGUCAUAAUGUCUGCAUUUAUAUUUCUUCAUUUCUCUUUUCUGAAUGAUGUUUUUUUGUUUUUGUUUUUGGGUAAGUCUGUUCAGUGAAUGUUCUUGUAGAGUUAUUGUGUCUGUGUGAAAAGCUGAAGUAAGCAAAUAGUGUGGAUACUCAAGCACCGCUGGACCAGACAGGGAGAGGAAACAGGAAAUGGCCCAAAACUCCACCGAGUAACACCGUCAACACCUCUCGUCACCCCGCCAGCUCUGGGCAUCUGAAAUCCUCUCGGGUCGGUUCUGAUAUCAAAGCUGCUGUAGAUGAAUAGUCACCAAAAGAAGUAUGUUUGUUUGGUGUUGGUGUUCCUCACUCAGUGUCAUUGAUGUGUUGCCAUAAUCCAGUCUGUCAGUUUUCUUCUGUGAAAGUUAGAUUUCUAUAUAUCUAUAUAUAAAUAUAUAAUAUAAUUAAAUACAUAUUAAACAAGAAAAUAAACAGAUAAAUGCUAAACUCA